GACACCAGUCUCACUUUGGACCAGGCUGCUGACUCUGAGGAUAUCUCUUUUCACUUUCUGAAAGAAAAUGACGGGUGAGUCCUGAUGGGUGAGAAUAAAACAUUCAAGUACUGUAGUGGUUUUAUUUGCAAACUAAAAGUUUUUUUUCUUUAUUGUGAUUGGACAAUACUUAAGUAGUUACUUUUUACAAGAGGUUUAUUUUGUUUUAUUGCAAUACAAGAAUCCUUUUGCUCCUAAAUAGGUUUCAAUCUGAUGGUGUAGUCAAGCAUAUUCAUGUUAUGUGCAAACACUAUAUGAUUUGGCAUUGCAGUGUCAGCAAAAUCUUGGCAAUAACAGAUUUUUUUUUAAACUCUAACUUUCUUUAUCCUGUGAUUUCUCUUUUGUAUUUGUAUCUAUGCUGCUGUAAUUUUUAGAAUUUACCCCUGUGGGACUGAUAAAGGUAUAUCUUAUUUUAUUUUAUCUUGUCUUAAUAAUCUGUUUAUCCUCUUUCUUCCCAGCUCCUGUUCCUUUUGCGAGCGUCAACGACGCCAUCUCGACCAUUGUGAACUUCUAUGAACAAGAAGUUCAAGAUGGCAAGAUCAAAGAUGGAGAAUUAAAGGAAAAGAUUGAAGAGCUGAAGAAAAACCCCAAAUUUCAAGUAAUAAACUAUUAAAGUUCACCUGGCGCUGUUAAUGUUUUCCUUUAAACACAUCAAAUCAUUUAUUUUUUUAACUUUUUCUAAAUCAACAAUAACUGCUUACGAUAUGCCUACAGGAAAAAAUGAAGCGCGGUGGACCCCCCAGAGGACCCCUGAGAGGGAUGAUUGCGGGACAACGGGGCCAAGGGAUGCUGGAUGGAGGUGAUGGAAAAUUCAACAUCAAGAAGUACUCGUUCCUUGUCGCAAUGAUGGUCAGAUGUCACUUCAAAGGGCAAGAUGAUGGUGAUGAUGACGAUGAGGACACUAACUAAAUAACAGAGUUCUCCUUCAACUACUCAGUUACUCCCAACAUGUUUGAAACCAUCUAUAGAACAGACACACACGGUGCUGCCUAUGCUGAUAGUUACCACAGCACUGUUAGGUACACUUGAGGCUGUUUUCACAACAACAAUUUUAGUCUUCAAAAAGUGUCUGUUCCAUGUUGUCUGAGAAAAAAAAUUAAACUACAAAGUUUGGUA